AUGAAAACAUCAAAAAUUCUUCACUAUAAUACUUUCACAUUAGAACAUUCAAAACAAAUCUAUAUAACAAAGAAUAUGAGCGCUAGUGUAAAUACUAAAAAACAAUGUGUUACAUAUAACACGAGUGCUGGUAUUUUAACGUAUGAAGGAUGUCAACAAAGAUUUUGUGGUAAAGAUGUUAUUUGGCAUCGACAAUAUUUAGCUCGGCAAUUAGAUGGUAUUAUGCAAGAACAGGCUUUGAUUCAAUAUGAUAUUAAACAAAUAUCAAUUGAUAACUCAUUGUUAAAAGGAAUUGAUCAAUGGGAAAAAGAAUCUUUAGCAAAGAUUCAUCAUGUUGCUGAAGUUUCACGAAAAACUAUUCAAAAAACAGUUAAGCAAUCAAAAGGAAAGAUUUUUAAAAUAUAUUGUGAUUUAGAUAUUAAUCUUCGUUCAUUUCAUGCAGCUGAUGACUAUUUAGAAAAUGAUCUUAUUCAUUGA